UUCACAAUUUCACAAUCAUAAACAAAUUAAUGAUGUUCGAAAAUUCGAGGUUAUUAAUUUAUUGACUUUGAUUAUUAUAAGAUUCACUAUUACCUGUAUAUAGUUAUCUGUAAUACUUAUUCGGAUAAAGACUAAUUAAGAAAACUAAUUCUGUUCAUAUAGUUAUUAUGUAAUUGUUACCGACAAUAACUUCCACAAGUGUUCAAAACUAUCCGACAACUUUAAAUAUGGCUUUUCGUUAUAUUCUUAGAAAUAUAGGGGUUAAAUCAAAUAUAAUAAAUCACUAUCGAUAUAUAUCCUGUUGGUCAUGUGGUACUGAUAUAAAUAAUUCAGUUGUGAAUUUGUUUUGUUCGAAAUGCAAUGCUUUACAACAACCUGAUAAAAAUGUAAGCUACUUCAAGAUUAUCGGUGUAAACGAGACCUACGAUUUAGAUGAAAUUGAACUUGCGAAAAAGUUUAAGGAACUUCAAAAAUAUCUUCAUCCAGACAAGUAUGGUAAUAAAUCAAAGCAUGAACAAGAAAUAUCAGAACAGUAUUCAUCAUUAGUAAAUGAAGCAUAUAAAACCUUAUUGGAGCCAUUAGCAAGAGGUAUUUACAUGUUGAAACUAAGAGGUAAAGAAAUACCAGAAAAUACAGAAGUCGAUCAAGAAUUUCUAAUGAUGAUUAUGGAGAGAAAUGAAGAAGUAGAAAAUGCAGACUCGGAGGAAGAAAUUAUGAAAUUGAACAAAGAGAAUAAAACAAUAAUAAAAGAUUUACAGAAAAAAUUGUCCAAAGCAUUCUUUGAUGGUGAUUUAAAUAGAGUUACGAAGUUAUUGAGUCAAAUGAAGUAUUACACAAGUAUAGAUAACCAAAUACAAAAUGUAAUUCGUAAUAAAGGCAUUAUUAGAUAGUUUCUUUUUGUUAUUAAUUAUA